AUGACAUUAAUAAUGCAAUUGUUUCUAUAUUUGUCUGCUUAUCAUGCUGGAAAAAAGUUACAUUGGUCAAUGUUAAACAGUGUUCUUCAUGCUCCAAUAUCAUUUUUUGAUACGACUCCUCUUGGCCAAAUUCUCAAUCGUUUUGCAAAAGAUAUUGAUUCAGUUGAUUCAGCAUUGCCUACUUCAUUCGCGUCAUCAUUAAACACUAUGAUUUCUGUUAUAGCCACAGUGAUCAUUUUAAUCUAUGGCUCAUAUUUUGCUAGUAUCGCGUUGUUACCAUUAGCUGUUCUAUUCAUAUUUAUACAGAUUGGAAUUAUUGGUCGUACGAGUUCCGGCAAAUCGAGUCUAUGUAUUACUUUGCUUCGUAUUAUUGAACGUACUCAAGGUAAAAUUAUCAUCGAUAAUAUUGAUAUUACGGACAUUGGAUUACAUGAUGUCAGAUCAAAAAUUACCAUUAUACCGCAAGAUGCUGUUAUAUUUGCUGGCACAUUACGUUUUAAUAUGGGUAAGCUUGACGAAGAAAUUUGGAAUGUGUUAGAAUUAGCUCAUCUAAAACGUCGUACAUUCACAGUAGAAAAUGGUUUGCAUUAUCAGUUGACAGAAGGCGGCGAAAAUUUAAGUGCCGGUGAAAAACAAUUAC